AUGGCUGCCUCUGCUGCUCGCCACCUCUUCCUCGCUGCCUUAUUAGUGGCCGUGCUCGCCGUCGCGGCGCCUCGCUCGGCGGACGCGUGGGGCGGUGGCCGCUUCUUCUUCAGCAAGACCACGCGUCCCGAAUCCACCGUUGAGCCCGACAAGGCUGCCGUGCCCACCAACGCCGCGGCCGCGGACACCGAUGCCGCGCCGGAGUUCUCGCGCCCCUCGACCGGCGGCAGCGGCCGCGGGUACGGGCUCUACGGCCGCCCCGAGGAGAACUACCCGCCGGACUACUUCCGCCGUGGCGUGCACCGCAACGCCGAGAAGCUGACGACGACGACGGCCGACGUGGCGCCGGCCACAGCAGGUUCCCUGGAGGAGGCGGCCCCUGUAACUGUAAGAGGCCGCGGCGAGCGCGUCGGGACGUUCCCCGAAAACGGCAGCGGCAAGGGCCGCCCGACGACCGACGUGCCGGUCACCACCGGCACCGAGGAGGAGGCUGCCCCCGCCGGAGGAGACCUCGACGGCGUCCAGCCGUACCCGGAAAACGGCAGCGGCAGGGGCCGGCCGCCGUGGUACUACACGGGCUUCCACCGCGGCAGCAGGCAGCAGGAGCAGGAGCAGCGGGACUACGGGAUGAGCGACACGAGGCUGUACCAGAACGGCCGCUACUACUACGAUGUGGACGCCGGCAGGUACGGCUACGGCCGCGAGUCGAACCCCAUGCGGACGCGCCCCGACGAGGAGGAGUUCGGCUCCGGGUACGGCCGACCCCGCGGCGCCGCCGGCGGCAGGCGCGGCAGUAGCUACGGCGAUGCGGCGGGCUACCAGCAGGAGCAGCAGCACGGCAACGGCGAGGAGUUCGGGAAUGGAGCCAUGGAUCAGAACACGAACGGCUUCCAGGAGGAAGCAGGCCAGAACGGAUUAUACACUCCAUGA